GAUUUUGAGUGUUUCGUGGACGUAAACCGAGCACUUAGCCUCUUCAUCUGACAAACACAUGUUCUCUGUGUGCCAGUUUUUAACUAAAAUGUGAUAAUGUAGACUGGACACAGCUCUAGUACCUGUGCCUCCUUCUUAUCCUCGUAUCUUUAACUCUAUCUUCUGCCUGAAGGAUGCCUGUAAGCAAGCGGAGAGGUAGCACAGUGUGCUUCUGAGCAACUUGCUUAAACUUCUGUUUUUGUGAGCAUGCCGGGCUCAUGUGUGCAAUUCUGUGCUGGCUAUCACUGUAUGGCUUUGGAGUGAAUGGACGAGCUGGGUGCUGCCCUGAGCUCAUAGCAAGAGCGCUGGUACCGCCAGCACUGUCUUUGUCCCAUUACAAUAGGGCUCUAUGAACACAGGCAAGCCUGCUAGUUUAAAGCUGAACUGUUUACUUUUAUUACUACUUAUGCAUGCUGUUCUCUUGCCAGUCAUCUGCUGGAGUGCUCAGAAUAAUUUGAAACAACAGGCAAUAUUUAUUUCUAGCUUUGUGUGUCAUGCUUUGCAGGAGCACUUUUAAUUUGCACGUUAUUAUUUAUCCAAACUUCUGGGAAGCUUUACUACGGACUGGACAGCACUGGCUAUGGAUUAGGCUAGAUUUAAUACACAUCCUUGAUUGGCUGAAGCCUAUGAGGAAAGCCGCGGUGUUUGCCUGUGCUGUAGCCCCGAGGGGUAUAUUUAGUAGGUAGCCUACCCCCUCGGCACGACAGAUCGACAGAUCGUGCGGCGGGGCCGUGCAGGCGGUCAGUGGCGCAGGAGGAUGCUGCGCAGGACCCCCCGGCAGCCCGCUGCAGGACAGGGGGAGGCUCUCAGCACCCUGAAAUCCCAGCCUGCCGGGGCACUGCUUCUCUCUGCCUCGGUGUCAGGGGCGCGAGCAUAGCUGUUCUCUGCCUCUCUGGGGGGGAAAAGAGGAGUUUCGCUGUUAUGAGCCAAGUGAUAAAGUACCAGAGGAGUGUGAGUGCAAUCCCCCAGCACGGAUACUGCUCCGAGAGAGCUCUGCUGUGGAAGAAAGCCCCAUCUCCCUGCUGAGAUUCAGGCUGUGGGACCUUACUCAUAUCUGUGAGCAGUUAUGCACAUGAAUAAUUCCCUUGACUUAAAUACAACUAUUUGCUACUCGGGAGAUUCUCUGAUGGAUUACAAUCUCAGUAAACUCUAACUCCAGAAGAAUGACAGCUAAGAGACUUAAACCAGACUUUUCGCUAUCCUGGAGAGGAACUGGGUCCCACGAUUUGGAGUUUUUUUAAUACUCUACCUCCCUCUGCUGUUAUCACCGCGAAGUUCCUCAACAAUGGGAAAUCAUGUACUUGCGGCUUCUAUUUCCAUGCUCUCGCUCCUGGCAAUGAUGGGAGAUGCGGACAGUAAAACAGACAGUUCCUUCAUGAUUGACGCCGAUCCCAGUCGCUGCAUGAGGCAUCACUACGUGGACUCCAUCAGCCACCCCCUGUACAAGUGCAGCUCGAAGAUGGUGCUGCUGGCUCGCUGCGAAGGACGCUGCAGCCAGAUGUCGCGCUCGGAGCCGAUGGUUUCUUUCAGCACUGUCCUAAAGCAGCCUUUCCGCUCCACCUGCCACUGCUGCCGGCCCCAGACCUCCAAGCUGAAAGCCAUGCGGCUGCGCUGCUCGGGUGGCAUGCGGCUCACCGCGACGUACCGCUACAUCCUCUCCUGCCACUGCGAGGAGUGCAACUCCUAGGGGCCUGCCCGCCACAGCAGGGCGGGACCAGGAUGCUGCUGCCAGGGAAGGCUCCCGAGAAGUAACCCUGGGUGAGGCCGGUGCUCCCAGCACGGGGUUGCAGGAAGGACACGACUAACCAGGCUGGGCUGGAGCCGAGAGCUAACGCAGAAAACCUCCUGGGGCCCUGGAUGCUGCCAGUACCAACACACAGUCUGUGACAGAGGCAAAAGCAUGUGGACUUAUUUUUGAGAAACCUUUUUUUUUUUUUUUCCUGAAAGGGUAUUUUUGUCAGUUUCUUCUUUUUCAAACCCAGCCCUGAUGAUAGGGAAGUGCUUUUUCUUUAGGUCCAGGGCAGCAAGGGAACAGGGAGGAAGGUCAGUUGGAUGGCAGCGCUGCUCUCUGGAAGUCGACGUUCGGACAGAGGGUGGGCAUCGGUCCCACACACCACCUCUUAACCUGUCAGUGUAUUCUCAGUCUCCUCAUUAUAUUGGUUUUCAAACAAACUGUGUCGUUGGCAAGGGUUACCUGUUACCGAUCUAGCAGCCAAGUGCUGGAUAACUUUAACUGUGGUUUAGCAGAAAUUGCAAAUAAAUCAUUGAAA